AUGUUGUGUAAGGACUUCAGGACCCUGGACCAUCCCUGCAGUGAUGAGCUACGCAUCACAGGUGAUGAUAAAAACCUUUGUAGUAAAGCCCUGGUAAGCAAUGUCAAGGCUGUAAGGAAAGUUGAUCUCUUGACUGAGUUAAGUGACUUGAAAUCCAACAAUGAUGUUUCAAACACUCAGGACCUUAAUGCCUUCAAUCAAUCUCCAUCAGUAAGCAGUGUGAAAGAGCUGAAUAGGUCACAUAAUCAGCAUCGAUCAGCACAAGAGCGAGCUUUGGAUGUUACUGGCAUCAUCAGUCAGUUAGAGAAAUCACUAGGCCUUGCUUUGUCAGUCAUCUUAGAAACUGAGAUGAAAACAAUAUAUGAAGAUCUCUGGACAGAGAUACUAUUUGUGAAGCCUCCUUGGUCUUUGGAAGACUUAUUACUAUGUAUGAAGAAACACUGGAUUGCUGUGUUUGGCCUAAUUGUGAAAAGAGAUUUGCGAUCAUCUGUGGAAAUGUUAAGUAAUCAUUUUCAAACAGGUAAAAGAUCACAGUAUAAUCAUUUUACUCUUACCUGGAUGUUGCUGGAGUCCCAAAAACUAAUACGAGCCUUCAACUCAAGAUCAGGUUACGGUGGCAUUCUCCCACGCACCUUGGUUGUCAUAGAUGAAUUGCUUGAAAAGAUUUCUGAGCAUUGCAGCAAAAGUGAACUAACUUCAAAAUCAUCAAAAAAGUCACAACAGUCUUCUGAAAAGUUGGAAAUUUCAGUUGCGCCACCUUUAAAUCCUGAUACGGGAAGAAAUGUGACUCUCUAUCCAUUCAGUGGAUGCUCCACGCCAGAGAUGGAUAACUCUCAAAAUGUGAACAGAAUUCAACAAAUCUGGGCUACCUUUGAGAAUGUGUGGAAUAUAAUAAACAAAUACAGCUCAUUAAUUUUUGCAACCUUCAACCUUCCUCACAACCCAUUAGCUGUUGUAACUGACAGCAAGCUGCCACUUCCUGAGGAAGCAUUUCAGAGCCUGCAAAGAUUGGUGCCUGCAGUAAAAGAACUACUGGCAGGAAUUCAGAGAAUUUUGUCAUCAGAUAGUAAUGUUCAAGAUUUCCAGAAGCUCACGGAAAUUCUGCACAUCUUUCUAAAUAAUGAAGAGACAAAUAUUUCUGAUACCAGAAUUUCUGCACAGGAUUUACAUGAAUGUUUUAGUCAUGAAGAGUACAGGAAGAGGCUGACUGUUGGCUACAGCCAGUUGGCUGAGUUAAGCUACAAUUUGGAGCAAUGUAAUGCAGCACUGUGUCUCGAGGCCAGAAGCAGAGGCUUAGUUUAAUACUGUUUAACAAUCAUACGCUGUUUCUCAACAAACUGGAUUUAGUUUAUUAUGUUUUACUAAUGCUCAUUUCUUGUUGUGAGAAUGAUAAAAUUCUCUGUAUCAGAGGUAAAAUUGCAAAAGGUUUUGUUAAGGUGCUAUUUAAAUAAAGAAAAAUUAUAUGUUGCCCGAUUACGUGAGAAUUUUAUUAAAGGAAUACUAUAUUUAA